AUUGGAAAUUUUUUAAUGGGAUAGAAGUGUUGUGAAUUUUCCGGAUUUUGUUAUUUUCACGUGAAAUUAAAAAUAUUUAGCAAUUUUCUCAAUUAAAGCGUGACCAACUCUGUGAAUUAGGGAAGGAGUUCCAAGAAACACCUGAAGAAGAUGAAUAUGCACGGAAUGCCUCAACCGGGUGUCGUACCCAGCGGUGUUGGAGUGUCACCAAUAAUGAUGCAGCAGGCUUCCCCGCAAAUGGGACAAAUGAUGGGUCCAGCUGGUCCCCAGCAGCCUCCACAACCAGCUCCCAUUGAGAAGAUCGACAACAUAUCCAAGGCGAAGAGUUUGGUGGGACCUCUGAGGGAAUCCCUCUCUGCUACCAUUAAAGCUGCAGCUCAGAAUCUUCAUCACAACAACAUGACUGAUAUUGGAACAAUAAAAGGAGACAACUCUGCUCCUCCGCGCUUUGACAAAUACCUCGAGGAGUUUUAUUCUAUCUGUGAUCAGAUUGAGCUGCACCUGAAAACUUCCAUCCAGUGCAUCCAACAGAGCAACUCAAGUAAUCACUUCCUGCCUCUCAAUGUGGCUGCUACGAGAGUUGACCCAAUGCCCCAUCCACCUCCUGACAAUCCCAUGCUCUCCUACCCUCAAUACCUCUCAACGGUUCGCUCGCAGAUCGCGUAUGCCAAAGAAAUUCACGACACCCUCAUCUGUGCUGCCCAGAACAUAUCUCCGAGCGAAUGAUAGUUGUAUUUAAAUGUACAGAUCUUAUCCCCCCUUUUGGAUCACCUCUCAAACCCUCUAUUAUCACAGCCCAUAUUCUCAACUGAUGCCGUCAUACUGUUCGCAAUCUUUCCUUCAAUUUUCACUUCAACCGGUGCUUCCGGAAGCUUUUUCUGGAUGUUGGUUUUUGUAAAUUUCUGCCCUUUAGCUGAGAAAUGCAUCUCAAUCUCCUCGAGUGUUCGCUUCUCCGUCUCCGGAAGGCAGAACCAGGUAAAUGCGAAUCCCACAACACCUAUACAUCCAUACAACCAGGCUGCUCCAUCCAGUCCCAAGCUGUGCUCUACAUUUAGAUAGGUUUUGGUGGUCAGGAAGGCCAUGAUGUAGUUCAGGGCGGCCGUUAUUCCCGUAGCCAUACCGCGGGAUCUGAAAAUAUUAUAGCAUUAAAUACUUAAUUUUA